AUGAUGCUCGCGCGUGAGGAGCGCGCCGAGGCGGAGCAGCUGGCGGAGGCCAAUGCGGCGCUGCGGGACGAGCUGGCCGCGGCGCGCGCGCGCGCGGAGCGGCGCGCGGCGGCGGGGGAGGCGCGGGCGCGGGAGGGGGCGCUGGAGAGGGAGGCGCUGCGGCGGCGGGCGGAGGAGCUGGCGGGCGCAGUGCGCGCGCUGCAGGCGGAUGCGGCGCAGCACGAGAGGCGCGCCGCCGACGCACUGGCAGAGUCUGCCCAGCUCCGGGAACAGCUCGCCCGUGCGUCCGCCAAGGUCGAGCGCCUGCAGCGCCGCACGCGCGAGCAGCUGCACUCGCUGGCCGCCGCGCACGCGCAGGAGGUCGAGCUGCUGCAGCAGCAGAUGGCGGACGCCGAGGCGGCCGCCGCGGCGAUGGCGGAGGCGGCGGCCGCGGCGGUGGGGGGCGCCGCGGCUCUGAAGCGCGACCGGCGGGCGGUGGCGGCUGCGGCAGCGGUGGCUGCUGAGGUCAGCGGCGGGCAGCACGAUGUGAGGAGGAGCAGGGAUGCCGACGCUGUGCGGCAGCAGCAGCAGCAGCAGCAGCAGCAGCAGCAGCAGCAGCAGCAGCAGCAGCAGCAGCAGCAGCAGCAGCAGCAGCAGCAGCAGCAGCAGCAGCAGCAGCAGCAGCAGCAGCAACAGCAGGUUUUGGAGGCGUCUCAUGAGGAGCGGCGUCGCCUGCGAGAGAAGCUGCGCCGGGCGCGCGCGCAGCUGCAGGAAACGGCCGCAGAGCGAGACGCUGCGGCGGCGCAGCUGGCGCGGCUAUCAGAGGCGCUGCAGCGCAGGCGUGCCCGGCAUAAGCCGGACGGGGUGGCCGCGCGGGCACAUGGGAGCUCUCAGGCGGAGGCAGUUUCAGGGACGGGCCCAGCUGCACGGGCCGCUGGGCAGGCGGGGCCGAUCCAUGCGCACCAGCUGCAGGCGCUCGCGGAGUUGCAGCAGCUGCAGAUCGUUGAUUUGGCCCGCCGCUACCAGCGCCUGGCGGAUAGACAUGCCAGGCUCAAGGCCACGCCGCAGGCGGUACAGAAGCAGCAGCCGCAGCAGCAGCAGCAGCAGCAGCAGCAGCCAGCGCAACAGCUGGACGCGGAUCGAUGGCGGCGGUGGCAGCAGCAACGACACCAGUGCCAGGACCACCCCCUAGAUGACCGUUGGCAGCAUCUACCUGCGCAGGCAGACAGGGCGCAAAAGCUUGAACAGGAGCUGGGGGAGGAGGAAGAGGAAGAGGAGGCAGACUGCUGGGAGCCUGAGGCCGAGCUGCAGGGCUAUGACGCGAGCGAUGUUGAACGGGACUACCAGGGUAGACUACAUCAGCAGCCGCAUCAGCGGCCGCAUCAGCAGCCGCAGCAGCCGCGCCAGCAGCAGAAGCAGCAGCAGCAGGAGGAGGAGGAGGACGAGGACGAGGCGGAGGAGGAGGAGGAGGAGGGUGGUUGGGAGCACAAGGCGACGCUUCAGGCCAACCAGCAGCCGCAGGGGCGGGCCCGCACACAAGAGCAGGGUGCGCGCGGCAAGCGCGACCGCGCCCAGGACCCUCGGCCGGCCGACGAGCCCGCCCCUGCCGACGGGCCGCCCGCGCCGCCGGUGGUCCUGCAGUUUGCGGCGCAGUUUGCUGGGGCGGAGGGCGCCGCGCGGCCGGGCAGCGCGCCGCCGUCGAGCCUGCUCCCGCAGCAGGCGGCGCAGGCUGCGGAGGUGCCGGCGACUGUGCAGCUGCUCGCCUCCCACUACCACGAGCCUGUCGGCCCGCCAGCCCCAGCCCCUGCCCGGCAGCCGGCGGCCGCCGGCAGGUCGCAAGCGGUGGCGGCGGCAGCGGCGGCGGCGGCGGCGACGGCGGCGCGUGAGUGCAGCAGCAGCGAGGAGGCCGUGGGGCGAGCGGCGGCGGCCCCGUUACUGGGGGCGACAGGCGUGGGUCUCGGGCCUGCACACUCUGGCUGCGGCGCCAGAGGGCGGGCCGGUGCCGCGGCCAGGCCGCAGACGGCCGGCAGGGCGGCAGGCACUGCGGCCGCGAGCGGGGCCGCGACCGGCAGCUUGGCAGUCGCGGCGGAGGCCUCGCACGCGCGGCCCGCCACCGCGGCAGCCAACACGCGGGACCGGCGGCAGGGCGGCGGUGGGAGUUACGGCGGCGGGCAGCCCGCGCAGCUCGGCCCGGCGCAGCAGCGGUCGGUGGACUUUGCCGCGUUGCUGUCUCGGCUCAAGUCAGAGGUCUCGAGCUAUGCUGACGAGGACGAGGGAGAUCUGUUCCGCACGUGCCGCACGACGGCGGCGGGGAGCGACUGCUCGGGCUGA